GGAGGAGACGGAGGAGACGGAGACGGAGACGGGAGGGGAGGGCAGAAGAUGGCGACUUCGAACAAUCCGCGGAAAUUCAGUGAGAAGAUCGCGCUGCACAACCAGAAGCAGGCGGAGGAGACGGCUGCCUUCGAGGAGGUGAUGAAGGACCUGAGCCUGACGCGGGCCGCUCGGUUACAGUUACAGAAAACACAGUAUCUGCAGUUGGGACAAAGCCGUGGCCAGUAUUAUGGAGGGUCCCUGCCCAACGUGAACCAGAUUGGGAAUAGUUCCAUGGACCUGCCCUUCCAGCGCGGCGGAGUUCUGGGAGAGACCUUGGGAGCAACUUCUGUCUCUUUGACUCCCUUUCAGUCAUCGGGAUUGGACACAAGUCGGACGACUCGGCAUCACGGGCUGGUGGACAGAGUGUACCGGGAUCGCAACCGGCUCGGCUCCCCCCACCGCCGCCCCCUGUCGGUGGAUAAGCACGGGAGGCAGGUGGACAGCUGUCCCUAUGGCACCGUGUAUCUGUCGCCUCCGUCGGACACCAGCUGGAGAAGGACCAAUUCUGAUUCUGCCCUGCAUCAGAGCACGAUGACCCCCACGCAGCAAGAGUCCUUUGCAGGAGGGUCUCAGGAUAUGCAGCAAAAACGAGUCCUAUUGUUAACAGUCCCGGGAAUGGAAGAAACCACAUCGGACACAGACAAAAAUCUCUCGAAACAAGCAUGGGACACGAAGAAGACAGGAUCAUCAAGGCCUAAAUCCUGUGAAGUCCCAGGAAUCAACAUCUUCCCAUCAACUGACCAGGAGAACACUACAACCUUGAUCCCCGCGGCUCAUAACACAGGAGGCUCUCUGCCCGACCUGACAAACAUCCAUUUCCCCUCCCCUCUCCCAACACCCCUGGAUCCCGAGGAGUCCACUUUCCCGGCCCUGAGCAGCUCCAACAGCACUGGUAAUCUUGCCGCCAACUUGACCCACCUGGGCAUCAGCACUGCCAAUCAGGGGAUGACGACGACUCAAGGGUCCUCACCACAGCAUCGCCAGCCCACCGUCAGUCCCCUCUCCUUGAAUGCGGAGGCGAGACGCCAACAGACCCAGCAGAUGUCUCCCACGCUGUCACCUCUGUCGCCAAUUACUCAGGCUGUGGCUAUGGAUGCAUUGUCCCUUGAGCAGCAGCAGCAGCAGCUUCCCUACUCAUUUUUCACCCAGACGAGUUCGCAGCAGCAGCAGCAAUCUCAGCAGCAGACCCAGGUGCCAAGCGGCCUGUCCCAGAACACCCCCUUAUUGCAGAGCUCUGGUUUACAGCGGGGGACGCAGCUUCCCCCUCUCUCAGUCACGGUACCAUCUACAAUCCCCCAGUCCCCUCCAGGCAACCAGACUCAGCCUUCGAUGGGAAUAGACAUCACCUCGGCUUCACUCCAGCAGUACCGCAGUAAUGCUGGAUCCCCAGCCAACCAGUCUCCCACCUCUCCUGUCUCCAAUCAAGGCUUCUCUCCUGGCAGCUCCCCUCAACAUUCUUCCAUUCUGGGCAGCGUAUUUGGUGAUUCCUUUUAUGAUCAGCAGAUGACAGCGAGGCAGGCCAAUGCCCUGUCCCAUCAGCUGGAACAGUUUAAUAUGAUAGAAAAUGCCAUCAGCUCCAACAGCCUGUACAGCCCGUGCUCCACGCUUAACUACUCCCAGGCCGCCAUGAUGGGUCUGACGGGGAGUCAUGGCAACCUGCAGGACUCUCAGCAGCUAAACUAUUCGAGCCACGGAAACAUCCCCAACAUCAUCCUUACAGAUGACUUGACUCUCCUAUUCCUGCUCUUUUCCCCUUUCAAGACCAGCUGCUAUUCCAGCCUACUAUCCGGGCUCCCCCACGGUAAGUCUUGGAUGUUCCUUUUGGGAUGUGUGGGCCAGGCUGGGCGGUACUACUGCCCCUCUCUCCCCCUGCACCCGGUCCCCACACCACCCCCAGGGCUGUCUGAUCUCUUGGCCUCUGGGCUCAGUGGGAGAUUGGGCUAUCUAUCACCUCCCUUUGGCCUCUACUGCCAACAGAAUCUCUGGGGAGACAACAGCCCAGCCCCAAGUUGAUCCUGGAAGGGCCAAGGGCCUGUGGAAGGGGGGCGGGAGACCCAGAUCAUGUCCCACCCUCUUCCCUGCAAGGAAGGUGUUCCCAAAUCCAGAGACCACCCAACCUUUGGGGGAUAUUGGAUUGUGGGGAUUGACAGGGUGAGAGUGCAGGUUGUUUACCUUGGGCACUUGUCUUGAGGGGCAGAGAGGGCUCCCCAGGGCUUCUCUGUACAGAGAGAGUGAGAGACAGACAAAGAGGGAGAGGGAAAAAAAGAGAAGGAGCCUCUGCCAUGCACCGGGGCAGCUGAGGCCCAGGCACUGCAAGGUGGGCUGUCCUGUGGGGCACCAUCCAGUUCGACGCUAGCAAAGACACAGGCCCUACUAUGAGCUCUGUGACUCAUGGAGCUUCUCUGCCGAGAGACACCAUGUUGGAGUGAGGCCGGGCCCUCUGAUUCCUACUUAAGGGACCCUCUGGUCCCGUAUAAAUCCAUGGUGUCAUUGUGGCACCACGAGGCCAGGCCUGGAGGGUAGGGGACAGGGGUGGUGGAGAGGGAAGGAUGGUUUUGGGUGGAGAGGAAGCAAUUUCCCUCCCCCUCCCUGUGGCCAGCACCUGGCACCCAGGCCCGUCUUGGAUCCUUAGAUGGGGACUGGUGGUUCUCCAACAGUAACCCUGCUCCCCGAGGAGGGGGGCUUAGUCCAGUGGGUUGGCCUGACGUAUCUCCGGUGGGUUGGCCUGACGUAUCUGGCUUCUUAUCCCAUGGCCCCGGCUCCUGCUCCUGAUCUGCAACCCCUUCCCUGGGGACUCAGCAGGUGAGCUCUCUGGGUCAGACAAGGGCAUUGGAUCUCCCAAGUCCUCAAGAGGCGAGCAGGUGGGUGAAUAGGCCUGUUCCUCUUCUUCCUGGCCCUGCUGGAGCGAGGGACCCAACCCGACUUCUCCUGGUGUCGGUGUCGGGCUGUCUCUGCCCAGAUUCCUCCCUUGAGCCUCUUUCUCCUCGUGACUCUGGGGUUGGGGGAGGCCAGACCCUGUAGUUCUGUGGCCUAGAGCUGGACUCUGGACACUUGGCCAACCUUCCCUCUAGGCCCUUGAAAGAAGCAAGGGGAGGCUCCCUAGGCAGUGUCAACCUGUUUGCGUUUCCCUUGGUUUACACUUUCUCCCCACCAGGAAACCAGAUGGUAUCUCUGGGCUUUCCAUCUCCUGAGGAUUUUUCUCACUCUUCUAGUCUCCUCCUUCACUCCUGUUCCCCCCGCAGGCACCCAGCCUACCUCCCGCCUCCUCCCCCCGCGUCCCCCCCCACCCACACCUUGGGUUUGGGGGUUAACUCAACAUCUGAAGGGGGCAGUUGCGAAAAUCCAACCCCGUUGUGUUCACGGCAGGAAUCAGCCCACCACUUCUUCCAUCCCAACCUGGGCACUGUUCUCACUUACCUUGCUGCCUUAUUUGGAGGCUCCGUGCCUUGGGUCUGGGCCUCCCAGCACGGGGGAUGGCAGAUGAGGCGAGAGCAGGGGCUGGAAGAAUCUAGUUCUUGGUUUGGCUUCCCUGCCCCUUCUGUGCAUCUCCUUCCCUCCCCCAGCUCUCUCCGCCCCCCGCCCUCUCUCCCUCUGUCUUCUCUUUGUGUCGGCGGCGCGUUAGCUAGUCAGCUCGUCAACUCGUCUCUGGGAUCUAGAGGCAGAGAAAGUGGACAGUGGCCGCACGAAGCGACUGUGAUCUCAGGGAAGAGGACGGCGCCCUUCGCGCCCGGCUGGGGGUCUGGGAGCCGCACCCACCCCGGCCAGUGGCGCCGGGAGGUGGUGGCCGGUGGGGAGACGCACAGUGAACCAGGACAGGGUGACCUCCCCUCCCCGAAACUGUGACCGCUUCGCCCCAUUGAGACAAGGGGGUGGUGCUCGACUCCCUGGGCUCACGUUUGUUGGUACCGAGGGGGAACCGUGGCAGGAGGGAGCACUUAUUUUCCCAUUAUCUGGGCUUCUCCCACACGCUGCCUGCUCGGAGUCAGGAGUGGGCUGCCGAGUUGGGGACAUUAUCAUAAUCCCCUGGAACAGCACGAAGAGCUGGUUACCGAGUUAAAAUCAAAAACUCCCCCGCAGCAGCCUACCAGGGACUUGCUGCCAGGCUGCAGAGGCGCCUGGUCCCCAGGGCUUGGCACGGGGGAGGGGACCAGGGCAACCGUUCCGUCUGUCCCCCCAGGUGGGCCGGAGGGCAGGCGUCCAGCCUUGAUCGCCUCCGGGUGCCUCAGCCAGCACCCCUAUAGCUCGAAGGCUCCCGCCCUUUGCCGAGCCCCUGGUCGGAGGGGGCGCCUGGUCUCCCAGGCAGCUGUCGGAGCCAGAGUUUCGCAGCGAAGGCGUGGGCCGGCCGGCCCGGCCAUCGACUCGGCCCUGCCAGAGCAGGGGGACUGAGCUAGGAAAGGAUAGCCGGGCUUGGGGCCCCCAUUUCCCUGGGGGUCGGCAGGGUUCAGCUGCUGGCUUUUGAGCAGACCUGGGGGUGGGAAAGGGGGGUCUCGGGAGGCAGGCCGUAGUUGGCUCUGGUGAAGCUCUCACCCCAGCUAUUGUUCUGCCGUUAAGGGAGUUGAGUCGUUGGCCCCACCUCCUUUAACUUCAAAGAAAGCCAGCCCUGGAUUCUCCCCAGCUCCAGCUCUGGAGCCAGCGUGGAUAAUUGGAAUCCACAGAGAAUCCCAAACCCUCCUUUUUUAGCUAAUCCUUUCAACUUCCCUACCAACCAUUUUCCCAAGGAGUAAACCAGUAAACCAGAGUUUGAUCUUCUCUCUCUUCCCUUGCUCACCCUCUUGAACAAGGUGGUGCUAACUAGCGGAGAAGUGGCAAGGGGAGCUGGAGGGAGGAAGAGAAAGGGCCCAGGGUCGGUGAUCGACGAAGUGGGAUACCUCCCAAAGUGGGAUACUCCCGAGAGUAAGGGGAGAGCAGAGCAGAGCGCGGCGAGGGGAUUGGCCUCUUUACCACUACACUCCUGGGGGUGGGAGGGACCUGGGGCAGGGCGGCUGAGGGAGCCCGCCCCCGCGGGGUCCCAAGCAGGAGAGCGCUGGCCGUCCCCACGGGCUCGACCCGGAGGUGAGGGGGCGGCUUUCCUGCCUCCCACUUGGACUAGGGUGGUAAUUUAGAUACCCUCUGUGCCAUGGGACCCGCUGGAAAGCUAUCGCUCGAAGAAAGGGCGAUCGAGGACUGGAGUCAGGGGUGCAGAUGUCUCUGUGGCGGGAGGAGUGUUAGACACAGCUGGACAUUGAGGGGGAGGGAGGGGGUAUUGAUUCUGAGGCAGGCUAGGGAGUGGAGAGGGAGGAGCUGGGUCUCCUCCAUGGGGUCAAGGUCACCCCCCUCGUCCCCUUUAAUCUGGGGACUCCUGGGGAUUCUUUCCUCAGAGCUGCUCUCCAGGGAAUCAGGGCUCCUUUUGCUGCCAGUCCCCCACAGCACAUCCGCUCAAGUAUUCUAAUCUCUGGGUCUGGGAAGGGGACCCAGAGCCGAGAUGGUCUCUGGGGCCUGAACCUCUUUCUCUCCCCUAGGGUUUCACCCUGGCACCAACCCCCCUUAAGCCCUCAACAGCCAGGCUCUGGGAAAUGGGGCGGGGGGGGGGGGCGGGGGUCGAGACGGGGUUUGGGAGUGGGGGGCCGCUGCCUUACGGAAUCCUUUCUCUCUGGUCAGUUCUGGCUGGGCCCUAGGGCGACGAGGGGCAGUCCGGGAGAGAGGGAUGAAAAAAACAAAAUGUUGAAAGUUUAAAACAAAAAAAAAAAACCCACAAAAAAUGAGUUUCCAAACCAGUUCAGUGGUGCGGCCAGGGGAGGCAGCUUCUCACAGACAUGGCAGCUAAUGAAGACCUCUCUGUCGCUUUACUGGAGGUUGAGCCUAGUGGAUUUAUGCAUUUUGAUAGGAAGUCUUUACUGUUCUUUCAAAGCUCAACUUUUCUAUUCCAAUAACGACUUGUGGAUGAUCUCACUGAUAUAUGCAAAUCCUGUAUGCCGCCCCCGCCCCGGGCCCCCUGCUGCGCCCGGGAAGGACAACUUCCCUUCAGCCUAGAGGUUUCUAGAUUGUGCUUUUCGAUAGGUAGAAGUGGAAAUUUUUGAAGUUGGCUUUCAAUGUUUGCAACCUGAGACAUGUGAAACGAGCAGCCAAUUCAAUGUACUGUACAUUCUUUUCGAUCUUUUUUCCUUUUUCGUGUGGAGGCUUUGUCUUUGUACCUUUGCAUUAUUUGUAAAUGAAAUGUAAUAAAAUUCAAAUGUUUUCGUCUUU